CACACACACACACACACACACACACACACACAGACACACACACUACGGUAGGCCAUAAAGUCAGAAAGAAAGCAAGGGUAAGGAAUACAACAGUCAGAAUGACAAUAUUAGGUCAGUGCCUUCUGCGGUCCCUGGUACUCCCAACAAUGUAUCCCUUACAGGAGAGGGAAGAGCUGGCGCUUCAAGCAAGUCCCUCUGGAGACUCUUCAAAACACAGUUACCAUGGACACAAACUUGACCGGGAGAGGACCGUGCGUGAUCAUUGACUGCCAGCAAUCUGAUCCAGUGAAAGACAUUGACAACCAAUAGGAAGCGGAGUGCGGCUUGUUUCCGUGGGAGGCCCCGGGAGGCGAUGCCAAGCCGCUAGAAAGCAACACAGAGAGCGGGGAGAAGCGCAGGCAGCAGCCGGGACUGUGGAGAUCCUGCAGCCGCUCCGUGGCAAUCUGCGCGCGGAUGAAAGCGAGGUCACUUGGUAAGUGCGUUGUGACCGGACUGGACACUCUGGGGACUUUGCAGAUCGCUCGUCAAUUAAAGCCACAGCGGUGCAGAAUGGAUAGAUUUCACGACCAGCAAGUGCCUUACUGUAACUCCAAAAAGCCGCAAGAAAAGACAACGAGCUGCGAGAGGCCAGCAAAUGACAGAAAGAGAAAAUUCAUUAAGUCCGACCUGGCUCUGGACACUGAAGAGCUCUUCCAGGACCUCAGUCAGCUGCAGGAGACUUGGCUGGCAGAAGCUCAAGUUCCCGAAAAUGACGAGCAGUUCGUUCCAGACUUCCAGACUGAAAACUUGGCUUUCCACGGACUGCAGCUGAAGAUCAAGAGGGAGCUGCACAGCCCGUGUUCAGAGCUGAGCUCCAACUGUAGUCAGGAACGGCCCUUCAAACUCCGGUAUGGAGAGAAGUGCCCGUACAACGUCAGUGCCUAUGAGCAGAAGCAGCCUGCGGGAAUGAAGCCCUCCAGCCCAGUGACGCCCCCCUGUAGCACCCCUGUGUCCCCCCUCCAUCAUGCCUCACCCACGGCAGCCCCGACACCCAAACCAGACAGGACCUACGCCCACAUACCGGCCUCGCAGCCGCUCCCUGACAACGCCUACUCUAUGGACCACAGAUUUCGACGCCAGCUCUCAGAGCCGUGCCACUCGUUCCCCUCCCCGCCCACCAUGGCUCGGGACAGCCGGCCCAUCUACCACAGGCAGAUGUCAGAGCCCAACAUCCCCUUCCCUCCUCAGGGCUUCAAGCAGGAGUAUCCCGACCCCCUGUUCGAACACCCGGCCAUGAUGGGGGCGCCGCUACCCCACACGUACCCCGCCGGCAUGAUGAUCAAACAGGAGCCGAGGGACUUCACCUACGACUCAGCAGAAGUGCCUAGCUGCCAUUCUGUCUACUUACGGCAAGACGGCUAUCUGGCUCACGCUAACAGGACCGAAGGUUGUAUGUUUGACAAAGUGGCGAGGCAUUUCUACGAUGAUACCUGCGUGGUGCCUGAAAAGGUUGAAGGUGACAUCAAGCAGGAGUCGGGCCUGUACCGCGAGGGCCCGUCGUAUCAGCGCAGAGGCUCGCUGCAGCUGUGGCAGUUCCUGGUGGCUCUGCUGGACGAACCGUCCAACUCCCACUUCAUCGCCUGGACCGGCCGCGGCAUGGAGUUCAAACUCAUCGAGCCAGAGGAGGUGGCACGUCGGUGGGGGAUACAGAAGAAUCGACCAGCGAUGAAUUAUGACAAGCUCAGCCGAUCGUUGCGCUACUACUACGAGAAGGGAAUCAUGCAAAAGGUGGCCGGCGAGAGAUACGUCUACAAGUUUGUGUGCGACCCCGAGGCCUUGUUCUCCAUGGCGUUUCCCGACAAUCAGCGGCCGGUGCUGAAGACGGACAUGGAGCGGCAGAUCAACGAGGAGGACACGGUGCCGCUGUCGCACUUUGACGAAAACAUGGCCUACGUACAGGAGGGGCCCUACUGCCCACCGCACCCCUACAGCGAGGGCUAUGUUUAUUAACGUCAGCCCACUCAAACACACACACACACACACACACACACACACACACACACUCACACACCCCUCCACUCUACCCUCUCCCACCUCCUCCGUCAACACACCUGAGACUGUCAUGUCCUCUAAUUCACAGCCGCUCCGGGAAUAAGACUGAACACACACAUGCAGCGGAGCUUCCCUUCUCACAUAAACACACACACAUCUUUUCUUUUCUUUUUUUUUGCUCUUUCUGACGUUCAAGCCGCACAGCGGGAUGGAGAGUGCACUUUAUGGACAGGAAGUGCGGUGUUAACCUGCCGGGGGCUAGCUAUGUGGUUGGCUUUUUACCGUUGUUUAUGUUUGUACAUUAAUGUGGGAAUCAUUAUGUUUUUUUGUUUUUUUUUAUUCUCAUGAUUUUGAGCAUGUGGCGCCCUGGUGAGACAGGACUCAACGGCUAACUCACGGUCACCCAAGGACUGAAUCUAAGACUUCAUGCAAAAGAAACUCGUCUACACAGGCGCGGCGAAAUCGAAGGAUAAUCGCUCCUGUUUCGACUGGUUUGUCCCUCAAAACAGCCAUCCUGUACCUUCACGCUCAUUUAAAGUGAAUACUGGCAACGUAUUGUAACAAUGCUUUUUAAGGUGAAGUGACAUGAUCAUAGACUUGGAAAAAGUAAUGUGAUAAUAAAAGAGACGUUUAGCGACCAUCAGUGAGAACUGUCUCGCUCGUCAGUUUGAUCACGACACCUCUUGCGUGUCAGUGAUCUCUGCCCCUCGUCCAAUCAAACUGUAGAUCUCUUCAUCGUAGCUGUUUUUGCU